CUGUGUUUGUAUACAAAGAUGAUGUUACGGGUCAUUUUGACCCGCACACUUUUAUGUAAGUAAAAAGUUGUUCACAUCCAAAAUAAACAUUUCUCUUUGAUGUACUUUGUUUUCUGUUUCAGAGACUGAGGAUCUUUCAGAGGCCGAGGACAAUGUUAUUGAUGAUCCAGACUGCCAAUUUUCAGACGAGGAGGAGGAUUCUGAGGGAGAGUGUGCCGCCAUCUCUACAUCAAAUGAAAACCAAGGAAUGCAGCAGUCAUCAUCCCCAGAGGAGACAUGGACAUCUAAAGAUGAAAGGAUCAUACUGGACAUGACUAACCUUGAAGGGAGGCGUGUAUUUCAAGAGAAGUGGAAGCCACUGGAUCAGACUGACUUGCAUGCUUAUAUUGGAAUUCUGAUAUCAGCUGGAGUAUACAGGUCCAAGGGAGAAGCAACUGCAAGUCUAUGGAAUGAAGAGAAUGGAAGGCCAAUCUUUCGAGCAACAAUGUCUUUGGAGACAUUUCUCAAGAUAUCUCGUGUGAUCAGAUUUGACAACCGUGAAACCAGAGCUGGUCGACGUGAAAGAGACAAACUUGCUGCAAUCAGAGAUGUAUGGGAUAAAUGGGUGGAAAUUCUACCUUUGUUGUACAACCCUGGUCCCCACGUUACUGUUGAUGAGCGCCUUGUCCCAUUCAGGGGUCGCUGUCCUUUCCGACAGUAUAUGCCCAACAAGCCGGCCAAGUAUGGCAUCAAAAUAUGGGCAGCCUGUGAUGCAAAAUCUAGCUAUGCAUGGAAUAUGCAAGUGUAUAGGCUGCAAGGGCAUAACAUCACCUGUGACAAUUUCUUUACAUCCUACUGGCUUGGAGAGGAACUUCAGAAGAGAAAGCUGACUAUGUUGGUAACAAUCAGAAGAAAUAAGCCAGAACUUCCCAGUGAAAUUUUGAAGAUGCAGGGAAGAUCUCUGUAUUCCUCAAUAUUUGUUUUCACUGAGAAAGCAACAGUUGUUUCAUAUUGCCCAAAGAAAAACAAGAAUGUUCUUGUCAUGAGCACAAUGCACACAGAUGCAUCUCUGAGCACAAGAGAUGACAAAAAAAACCACAAAUGAUCCUAGACUACAACUCCACCAAAGGAGGAGUAGACAAUCUUGACAAAGUCACAGCAACAUACA